CUUUUUUGAGAAACUUUAUCUGACUCACACGGUAAAUCCGGGGAUAAACACUGACCUAAAACCAGAGGGAUGUCGUUUUGUAAUUUCUUCGGUGGAGAGGCCUUUAAAGACCAUUUUAAACCAGGGAUUUAUGUCUGCUCCAAAUGCGACCACCAGCUGUUCUCCAGUAGAUCAAAGUAUGAGCACUCGUCCCCCUGGCCGGCCUUCACAGAGACCAUUAGAGAGGACAGCGUGUCGAAACAUAAAGAGAGACCCGGGGCGUACAAGGUGCGAUGUGGGAACUGUGGAAACGGGUUGGGUCAUGAGUUUGUGAAUGACGGUCCAGCUAAAGGACUGUCUCGCUUCUGAAUAUUCAGCAGCUCACUGAAGUUCGUCCCUAAAGAUAAGGUCGAUGGACAGUAAGGUGAGCAGUUGAAGAUAAGCACUGUUAGACUUUAGGACGUUUCUCUAAACUGCUGAAGGUGCGGACAGCGGAUGAAGAACUUUGGGAAAAAGCCCGAUCAGGGAGCACCAGGGCUCUGAUGAAGGAUGGUCCCACUGGACAGCAACACUAGAGGAGCGGUCUCAUAUGCAAUCACCAGCGACAUCUGCAGGAUAUUCUCACUGUGAUUCCACAAAAACCACCUCACCAGUCUGACGUUAAUCGAGAAUGAAUUAUGUCCACUCAAACUGCCUCACAGAAAGCAUCCUCUGAAACUAUUUCUUCCACAUGUUUUAGGUUCUUCCAUUUCUUCUAACCCUAUAGGUAAACAAGCUUACAUGUCCGUCAGACAGAAAUGUCUUACACAAAUGCUUGAAACCAUACUGCAAAACUCAAAUCCUUUCAAAUGUAAUGGUCUAAUUUCUAUUUAAAAGAUGAACAACAACUGUCUCGUGAUGUACAGACAGUUAAAUCACAGUAAUGGAUGAAGAGGAAGGUCUGGGGUGGUUUUAACCUUGAUCUUUGCCCUCUAAAAUCUAAUCAGAGUGGACAACCGGAAAACCUGAUGCCUCAGGCCCUGGUUAAUAGCAGUGCAGAGGCAUAAAUAUCUCAGGACAGUCAGUAUAAGCCACAUUCACCUAUUAAGUCCAGUUAAAUGCCUAUAUAUGUAUAUCUUGCAUUAUUUCCUACACAUUGACAGUACUUUGGUGGUUAUAUUUAAAGCCACCCAGGUAUAUUUGCCAACCUUUUUUUCUUUUGUAUAAAUUUAUAUUUACUCAUCAUCUUUGAGCAUGCAGCUAUGAGUACAUCCUUCUUGAAAAUGCACCAAUGUAGAUGCCACAUUUUAUUUUAAGAAUGGAGCUUCAUAUGCCAUCGUUUCAUUAUUUUUCUGCAGCUUCCUGCUGCCAGUGUCAUCAUGUUCUCUUGCACUUGAGGAUUAUUGGUACGAUGCGCUACCUCUGCAAUAAUUAGCCUUCACACAUGCAGUUCACCUGCAAAAAUUAUGCAAUAGGAAGUGAGACAUUUCAAAAAGCAAGCAAUGUCAUUUCAUCAUCUUUAAACAACAUACUGCUGAUGAAUACUGCCAAAAGAGCAGAAACAACAAACUUAAACAUGCAGAAAGAAGCAGGGUGGGAUGGCUAUCUCUAAUGCACAAGCACAGCUUCAUUCUGUGGGAAACUCUUCUGAAAUAGGAUGCUUAUCUGGACUUACCAGGUGAUUUUAUCUCAUGAUAAAGGGCUUGUGAAUGCUGAGUCACAUGCAAACUUUGCAUACCUAGUCUCAUGCUCUUUUUUGUUUUCAUGAAGAGAAUUUGCAGUAUGAAACCAGUUUUUCUUGUUCUGGAAAGACAAAGGGCAUUUAUGAUGAUUUUGUGGCUGUUUCACUUCCUGAAAAAGGAGCAAGAAACCCUGAGUCCAUCCACCCUGAUAGAGCCUUUCAUACAUUUGCACAAGCUCACAGAGAGCUCAAGUGCAUCUUUUAGAUCAGCCUUUGUUGUUGCAUGGUUAGGAGUGUAAUUUUGUCCUUAAUUGGUUGUGUUUUACACUUGAAAUCCACAAAAUGCACGGGCACAACAUGGUUUUAAUGUGAAUUUUCAGUGUAAAGGAGACAAAGAGACACAUGGAGCUGCAGCAGAUUCUCUGGAUCAUCUUUGAAAAGUCAAACAACCCUCUGAACAUCUUGGACGAAUGUGAACAAAUACAGAAAUAUGAAAGAUUUAGAGUGGAAAUAGUGUUUAUAGGCCUUACCUGUAAUGUCAUUUUUAAUUAGAAAUUAGAUACAAUGGCUGAGAUUAGAGCUUUUGCAGUGUAGAUGACCCUUUUUGAAAGAGUACUCCUGAUAUAAAUAAUAUAUUGAUUGAUAAACAUCUUUAUCUGCUAUUUUUGGUGUGUUAAUGAAGAAAUUUGAUAUCAAGACAUCUAUUUUUACUGUUCAGCUGCUGUAUGUAAAUGGACCAAUUAAACUGAUUUGUAAAUUUAGCAAUAAAUACAUUUAAAUAUAAAUAAAACAGCCUUGACAACC